UACAGCGCUGAGCGUGUUCAAAUAUGUAUUUUCUACAACGUUAGAAAAUGAGUUCCACCGGGAUCUGCGACUAGCUUUUCAACUUUUCGAUUGUCAGAAUGCCUUGUGAGGUGAAGCCCCGGUUCCUGGUUCUGUACGGGUCUCAGAAAGGCCAGGCGCAGUCCAUAGCCGAGGGGAUAGCUGACGAGGCCGAGGAGAGGGGACUGGUUGCUGACAUCUACUGCUUGAGUGAAGGAGAGAAGUUUAACUUGGAGAAGGAGAGUGCUCCUGUGGUGUUUGUUGUGUCUACCACUGGGGAUGGGGACCCACCAGACACUGCCCUGAAGUUUGUGAAGAAUAUCAAGAAAAAGACCCUGCCCAGCGACCACUAUUCACACCUCUGCUAUGCUCUUAUAGCUCUGGGUGAUACAAACUAUGAAAAUUUCUGCAACUGUGGGAAGACUAUUGACGGCCGUCUACAGGAACUUGGUGCUAAACAUUUCUACGCAACAGGACAUGCAGAUGAUGGUGUAGGGCUUGAGUUGGUGUUGGAACCCUGGCUUGAAGGACUGUGGGAGGCCAUCAGAGGAGCGUUAUUCAAGAUGGCCGCCCCUCAGCCUGAGAGGGAUGGCCAUGUAAGGGACCUGAGAGCAUCGUUGAACGAAACACCCGAAUCAUCAGCGACAGAUGUCAAACUCCACCUCAUGAGUCUUAACGAAUCAGAACCCCAGAGCUCUGGCUCACUCAAAACAGCAGCGGAGUCAGAGAGUGCUAAGACUGAGCCCAAAUCAGUUUCUCUGGCAGUUACAGAAGCAGCCUCUGAGACAGGGAGUGCAGUUACUGAUCUCAGACCAGUGUCAUUGACCAACAACUUUAGGACUGCUCCUAAACUAGAUAUUGUUGUCACUGAUCCCAAGUCAGUGUUAGAGACACGGAGUGGAGCACCCCCUGCUGUUGUAGAAGUCUCUCUGACACGCUCCUUGCCCCCGCUGUCUGAGUCUGCCCUCAAUGUCCCUGCUCUGCCUCCACCCUACCUGGAUGUUACGCUCCAGGAAGCCACCAUAGAAGAAGAGACCAAUGCUCCGGUCAGUAAGGAGACCCUACACGAGGUUCCAAUCUCCAGGGCAGUCCAGCUGACCAGAGAUGACUCAGUUAAAACAGCCCUUCUGAUAGAGCUGGACAUCUCAGCACAUCCGAUGGCCUACCAGCCUGGGGACUCGCUUGACGUGCUCUGCCCAAACAGAUCCUCCGAGGUGGGGGAGCUGCUGCAGAGACUGUGCCUGCAGGACCAGAGGAGCCACCGUGUCCAGCUCUCACUGCGCAAAGACACCAAGAAAAAAUGUAUGCUCUACCCCUCCUACAUCCCAGAGAACAGCACUCUACACUACGUGCUCACCUGGAGUCUGGAGCUCAGGACUGUCCCUAAGAAGACAUUUCUUCGUUCCCUGGUAGAGUGUACAGGAGACAGUGGCGAGAGGAGGAGACUACAGGAACUGUGUAGUAAACAGGGAUCAGCCGACUACAACCUCUAUGUCAGAGACCCCAGCCUAGGACUAUUGGACCUGCUCAGGGCUUUCCCCACCUGCCAGCCCCCUCUCAGUCUUCUCAUAGAACAUUUGCCCAAACUGCAACCAAGACCGUACUCAGCGGCAAGCUCCAGUAGGAGACAUCCAGGUCGGCUGCACUUUGUGUUCAACGUCAUAGAGUUUCCAGCAUGCACUUGGAGACCCACGGGGAGGUGGGGCCUGUGUACUGGUUGGCUCUCUGACCUCGUCGACCCCAUCCUGUUGCACCCUGGGAAGUCUCAGCCCUCCAGCACCCCAGCCCUCCCUAAGGUCCAUGUGAGUCUGCGUCAGAACUGCUCCUUCCGCCUGCCCUCUGACCGCUCAAAACCCCUCAUCAUGAUUGGACCAGGCACCGGCGUCGCGCCCUUCAUUGGUUUCCUCCAACAAAGGGAGAAGGAGAGGGAGGAAAACCCAGAGGCGGAGUUUGGUGAGACCUGGCUGUUCUUCGGUUGUCGCCAUAGAGACCGAGACUUCCUGUUUAGAGAGGAGCUGCAGGGGUUUGUGGGUAAAGGAACCCUGACCCAUCUGAAAGUGUCUUUCUCGCGAGACACUCGGAUGGGGACAGAGACCGAGACAGGACCUAGAUACGUCCAACACAACCUGCUCCUCCAUGCCAAAGACAUCACCAACCUUCUCCUCAAGGAGAAUGGAUACCUCUACAUCUGCGGUGAUGCUAAGAACAUGGCUAAAGACGUGAACGAAACCCUGAUAGAGAUGGUAUCAGCAGAGCUUCAGCAGGAUAAACUAGAUGCCAUGAAGAGAUUGGCUGGACUCAGGGAGGAGAAACGCUAUCUACAGGACAUAUGGAGCUGAGUGGAUGAAUCUUCAACAUAUCUUAUGUCGCAGACUGAAAAGGUCCAUAUAUAAUUUUUGUGGGCCAUUAAUUUCCUUUCAGCAACACAUAAACUGACCAUAUGGAUUGGGUUGCAUGUUGUUCCUCUUGCCUCAUAGCACCUGACAAUAAACUUAAUAAACUGACCAUAUAAGAUUGAGUUUAAGUACUGUAGUUUUAUAGUGGAAUUAUGCAAGAAUAACACACUACUUACUCCUCAUCCUACUUCACAUUCUUGUCUUCCAAUACCUUUUCGCUGUGUGCAAAAAUGUGUCAAAUACAAAAGGUGUGUUUGCUUGAAAAGCUU